CCUGAAAUAAUCUUUCCGAAGGUCCCGCGUAAACCUUGUGCAUGCGUGUAUGCGCAGCCGGAGACGAGCUCGUUUCAAUGAGUGUCUGUGCUCUAUUAGGACCUGUUCGCUUUUUUGCUCCAUCGUCUUCUCUUAUUUCCAAUUUUAACGCCUUAAAUAGAGCAUUCAUCAACCGAGUCUCCACUGGAAGGCAUUUUCGGAGCUACAACCCUAUGGCUACAUCCAUGUCUUCUUCAUCUAGUACCAACAAAGACGUCCCAGAAGUAGCCGAGCAGCUCGCCAAAAUCACUGCGCCGUACGGCUCCUGGAACUCACCAAUUACCGCCGAAGUUGUUACUGGUGCCUCCAAGCGCCUUGGUGGUACUGCUGUCGACGGAAAUGGGCGCCUUAUCUGGCUCGAAUCACGCCCCACCGAAUCCGGGCGAGGUGUGCUUGUUAAGGAGUCGGAUAAUCCAGGGGAUGAGCCUAGUGAUAUUACUCCAAAGGAGUUUUCAGUUCGGAACACGACGCAGGAAUAUGGCGGUGGUGCAUUCACGGUGGCCGGAGACAUUGUUGUCUUUUCGAAUUACAAGGACCAAAGACUUUACAAGCAAUCUUUAAUUUCAGAUUCGCCUCCGCAAGCAUUAACUCCCGAUUACGGUGGAAGAUCAGUCAGUUAUGCAGAUGGGGUGUUUGAUUCUCGUUUUAAUCGUUUUAUUACCAUCCAGGAAGAUGGACGUCAAAGUAGCUUGAAUACAAUCACCACAAUCGUGUCAGUAGAACUUGACGGAAAGGAUAUUAAUGAUCCAAAGGUUUUAGUUGGAGGAAAUGAUUUCUAUGCCUUCCCACGAGUGGACCCCAAAGGGGAACGGAUUGCAUGGAUAGAGUGGGGUCAUCCUAACAUGCCUUGGGAUAAAUCUGAGCUCUGGGUUGGCUACCUUUCUGAGAAUGGAGAGGUCUACAAACGAGUCUGUGUUGCUGGUGGUGAUCCAAAGCUUGUGGAAUCUCCCACUGAACCGAAGUGGUCUGCUCAGGGAGAACUAUUCUUUAUUACUGAUAGACAGAGUGGGUUUUGGAAUCUUUUUAAAUGGUUUGAGGUUAACAAUGAGGUGGCUCCAGUAUACUCUUUAAACGCCGAGUUUUCCCGACCCUUAUGGGUUUUUGGUACAAACUCUUAUGAAUUCUUAAGGAUUGGUGCCGAGAGAAACGUCAUACUCUGCAGCUACAGACAGCGUGGGCAAUCAUAUCUUGGAGUUUUGGAUGAGGCGCAAAGCUCACUAUCCUUGCUUGAUAUCCCUUUCACGGAUAUUGAUAAUAUUGCUCUGGGAAAUCAUUGUAUAUAUGUGGAAGGAUCUUCGGCACUUCAUCCACCAUCUAUUGCCAAGGUGACCUUAAAUGAAAGAAACUUGGGAGUAGAAGGUUUCACUGUUAUCUGGUCUUCUUCUCCGGAUAUUUUGAAAUUUAAGUCGUAUUUCAGCCUUCCUGAGUUCAUUGAAUUUCCUACUGAAGUUCCUGGCCAAAAUGCUUAUGCCUACUUUUAUCCACCGUCCAAUCCUAUUUACCAGGCUAGUCAGGAUGAAAAGCCUCCGUUGUUGUUGAAAAGCCAUGGAGGACCAACUGCUGAAACACGUGGAAAUUUAAAUCCUAGCAUUCAAUACUGGACUAGUCGAGGCUGGGGUUAUGUUGAUGUCAAUUAUGGUGGUAGCACUGGUUAUGGGAGAGAGUACCGAGAAAGGCUUUUGAGGCGAUGGGGAAUUGUUGAUGUCAAUGACUGCUGCAGUUGUGCAAGAUUUUUGGUGGACUCUGGAAAGGUUGAUGGAGAACGAUUAUGCAUCACUGGUGGCUCUGCUGGGGGAUAUACCACCUUAGCUGCUCUUGCUUUUAGAGAUACUUUUAAGGCAGGAGCUUCCUUGUAUGGGAUAGCUGACUUAAGCUUGUUGAGAGCAGAUACACACAAGUUCGAAUCUCAUUAUAUUGACAAUCUCGUUGGGAACGAAAAAGAUUACUUUGAAAGGUCACCAAUCAAUUUUGUUGACAAAUUUUCUUGCCCUAUAAUCCUAUUCCAGGGAUUGCAGGACAAAGUAGUACUACCCAAUCAAGCUCGUAAGAUUUAUCAUGCAUUGAAGGAUAAGGGCUUGCCUGUUGCUCUAGUCGAGUAUGAAGGAGAACAACAUGGUUUCCGCAAGGCAGAAAAUAUUAAAUUUACCCUGGAACAGCAAAUGAUGUUCUUUGCUCGAUCAGUAGGACGCUUUCAAGUUGCAGAUGAUAUUAACCCAAUCAAAAUCGAUAACUUUGACUAAGGAUCUAAUGUGCUGAAAAUUCAAAGAGAUGGAAAGACAACGACAAGAAGACUCCUGAAGGAAAUUUCAAGAUGGGCAUCAUGAUGAUUCGAGCCUUUUCGAAAAAGGUUAGUAGACAAGUUUAAUUCUAAAGGGGGUUUCAAAUGGGACGUCUAAAUUGUUAAUACUUUCCACAUAAAACAUCGUUGUUUAACCAACUCACGGGUGGUAGAGGUGGGGAAGAAAUGGAGUUAGAAAGAACAUGAGUGGUCACUCUCAGGCUUUUAACUUUUAUUUGUAUUGUGUAGUAGUGAUCACACUAAGCAGUUUGUUGUUGCCCUUCAAUAUAGGUAUAUAGGUGGGUGAGGUUUUCCCGUUUUAGGUGGAAGAGAUUACAAGGACCACUCUUCUUGAUUAGAAUCAAAUUCCUUCAGAUUAAGACAAAUUUGAAACCUCUUACUCACCUACCAUUCCUUUCAACAUGCCAAAACUUAGAAUCUUCCAGCUUUCACUUUGCAAAUCAACUGGUGAUUGGAUGUUUACUCAGUAUCUCUUUUGUGGGGGAUGGCUGGUUUAGAUUCCUUCCAUGAUUUUUUCAUAGAAUUAUGUAUCAUUUUUGUUGCAAUUGAACCUUUUUUGAUUUUAUGUUUCACGUGAACUUGAAAAUAGCUACAAUGACAUUUUUUU